CAGGAAUAAAGAUCCGACCAGGAGGUGGAUGACAAGCGCGAUGAAGCUCGUUGCAGUCAUGAUUUUCGCCUUGGCAAGUCGCCAAUGGUGCAGUUCGUAGUAAAUGCUCUGUACUUAUCGUCCAACCCCCCAGCCAACGUGUCGCCGACGUUUCUCGAUAUCUUUCUUCUUUUUCCACUUCUUUCUGUCAACCGAUUACGAUGCGAGGCGGCCGGGUCGUCCCGACUCUGUGCUAUACAGCAUUUUCACUAUGGGCGUUGUCGACUUGGAUCUUGUUGUUGGCUUCAACAGCCGUGGAGGCGAGAUGCUAUAAUAGCAAGGGCACCCCUUGGGUGUUCACGAACGACGAGCCGGUUGAGGCCUGGAUGCCUUGCAAUCUCACGGCGGAGGUGACUAACUGCUGUAGUCCGUGGGACUAUUGCAUGAGCAAUGGGCUGUGCAUGGACGCAGUCAUCGAUAAUGUCAUCAGCCAACAGGGCUGCACGGAUAAAGAUUGGGGAGAGCCCUGCUUUAAUUACUGUGAAGGGAAAGAGAGUGAUGCGGCAGGACUUCAUUUCUUCUGGCGUUGUGUCGGGCAGUCAUAUUGCUGCGGCAACAACAGAUCAACGACAUGCUGCGAAGACCCGGGAGUUGAGACCGUCCAGCUUCCAGUAGGGCUGUCCCUUCAUCAUCCGCCUAAUCCAUCGACCAGUACUUCCAAAACAACCACUUCCACGUCUACGGCCGUGGCCACGGUCACUACCUCCCCCGACGCUGCGUCCACUGCUGGGGGCGACGAAGCCACGAGUUCCACGCCAAUCCAAACUAGGAUCUCAUCGCCCACGGCGAGCACUGCGGCAACCCCGAAUAAUGACCAUAGUGUGGCGAUCGGCCUCGGUGUAGGGAUACCGUUGGGCCUGGGAAUGAUUGCAGCGGUAUGCUUCCUGGGCUUGCAGAUUCAGAAAAGGAGCCAAAAACCAAAGCCUGAGGCUGCUCCCGCUCAGAUGCAAUGGAACACUCCUGAGUACUACAAAACCCCUGAACAGUAUAUCGGGGAGUUGCCACACAGGAAUUGGCAUCAGCCUUCGGAGCUUGAUGCAAGAGAGAUGGCAGAGCUUCGCAGUUAGCCUGUCCUACUGUAUUUGUAUUCCGGAAGGGAAAUUUAUAAACCCACAUCAUGCGUUCAAUUUUAUCUGAUGACCAACCAUAAUAGAGUUAG